UGCAGUAGCUUCAUACAGUCACACUGCGCAUCCAUUUCGAACAUAUUUUGCAAGAAAAAUUAAACAAAAAGAAGUGGGUAAACAAGGCUUAAAUGCUAGCCGAUUAGUUACUAUGGAUCUGGUGGACAUCGAUCAGGUCCUGGACAAUCUGGAAGCCGAGCUUAAAGCGGACGAACAAUUGAGCCGCAAUGCAACGAGCGCUGCUGCUGCUGCAGCUACUGCAACUGUAAGUGUGGGCGGUGAGUCACGCCCAUUGGGUGAUGGCAGCGCGGGCGCAGCCAAAAACUUUGUGGGCGUCUCUCAGGUGUUCAAUAGCCUCAAUGACUACCGAAACAACGUUCAAUCGCUGGCAACCGGGAUGCAGGCGCAUGAGAGCUAUAAUUGGGAGACGGAGGCAGCACAGCAGCGGGAGGAGCAAGAGCCCGAGCAGCUGGAUGAUGAGGUAGAAGAACAGGAGGUGGAGGAGGAUGACGAGGAAGAGGAGCUGGCCAGGCACGAGGACAUAAACAAGUUUAGCGAGGCGAAGUCAAAGGAUGGAAAUGUCUCCUCCACCGAAUCGCUCACAACCUCGUCCUGCUCCACCUUCUCCUCGGGCCCAUCUCCCGGCAAUGUGAGCAACUCGGAGGAGCAAGAAGAGCUCAGCACGCCGCCUCAAAGCGAUAAGCCAAGUGCACUAGAGCUGCCGCCCAAAGCCAACAGCGAACUGGAUCAGCAGCUGGAACAACAAGUGGCUCCGGCUGUUGUGGAGGAUUUGGCCACAGGCCUCUCAUCCAUAUCCAUAACGAAUACUAAUACCACAGAAUCGCAGUCGAUCUUGCCCUGUGAAGUGACAGCCUCGUCGGCUCUGGGCAAAGUGCUCAACGAGUUAUCCGAGGAAACGAGCACGGAUCUGGACACCCAGAGUCAGGCGCGUGGCGCAGGUGGCAACGUGCACAUUUUGCCUGUGAUGAACCAGACAAAUCCAGCACAAGAGCAGCAAACGAAGCAGCAGGCGGAACAGGAGCUGCAGCAGCAAUUGGAGCAGGCGCCCAAACGUAGUCAGCCGCUGACCUUUUGCUCCACCAUGGAUGAGAUCUCAGACACGGAGCUGGAUAGCAUGCUGCAAGAGGUAGAGGCGGACAUUGAGGAGGAGACUGAGGCAGCUGCUGCCUCCACGUCCUCGUCUGACUCCUGUCUGCGCCAGCCACACGGAAUGAUAGACGAUGAUGACGAUGGAAGCGCCUCCAUAUCGCCAGCAACUGAAGAGGAAUCGGUGCGCAUACUCUCCGAGCAGGAGACCAACUCGGCGGAUCAAAUGAAUGUGGACAACUUCUCACAGGCAUCCACAGUAGAAUUCGCCGAGCUGCGGGCAAACGAGGCAACGCCAGUAGUUGCGACGGCAGCCGAGGAGCUAGCCUCAUCCUUCAGUAGCACAGCAAGCGAUACGGACUCGCUGUCCGGGCGCAAACUGGAAGAUGACGUAAUCGAUGAGGAGGAGGAUAGCAUAGCUACAGAUGCGCUAGAAACGCAAGAGCAACGACCACAACGUCCACAAACUUUAGAUCUAAACGGAGGUCAGCAGGCAAAUGCUGGGCAGACCCCGCCACCAGGUGGCGAGCAAACAGCUGAUCAAGCGGAGGCGCAGGCCGAGGAUGCAGCAGCCGCAGCAACGGCAACAGCAGUAGCCGCAGAAGGGGAAGAAGAUGACGAUAGUCCCAUUUAUGAGGCCGUAGGCUAUAGUGAUCCGCAUGCCAAUCUGGGCAAGGUGCCACCCAUCUGGGUGCCCGACAAUAUGGCCGGCCAGUGCAUGCAGUGCCAGCAGAAGUUCACGAUGAUCAAGAGGCGGCACCAUUGCCGUGCCUGUGGCAAGGUGCUCUGCUCCGUCUGCUGUUCGCAGCGCUUUCACCUGCAGUUCGCCAAUGAGCCAGAGUCGCGGGUCUGUGUGCAAUGCUUCAUGAUCCUCACCGAGCGGCAGGCCAAUGGCGGCGUUUCGGACAGCUAUGCGGGUGCACCGCCCUCGGCGCUGCCGCCCACGCCCAUGCGUUCGCCCAAUCCCAAUAAUCCCAUGGAGUAUUGCUCAACGAUACCGCCGCAUCGUCAGGUGGCUGCCGACGGUGCUCCGCCGCCCAGCGUAAUUGUGCCCGUGGGCGUGCUAAAGAAGACAGAUGGAAGCUCAUCGAACUCCUCCAGCUCGGAUGGCAAAAAGGGGCGCAAGCGCAAGAGCGUCAUGUUCAGCGAUGGCAUUGCGCCGGGCAGCGAGCUGGCCAGCACCAUGGAGCAGCAGUGGGGCGAGGCCAAGCAGGCGCGUCGCGGCCUGCAGCGCAGCAACAGCGGCGCCGGCACAGCAGCCAGCAACAAUCAAAAGCCGCCCACGCCUGGCGCCAGCAGCAGCAAUAGCAGUGGCAACGGCGGCAGCAGUAUUGACAAUAGCACCACCAUGGGCCUGGUGGCGCAGCUAUUCCGUGGCUCCAUACCGCCCAGCGCAGCGGCAGCAACGCUAACAGCGGCAGCAGCGGGCAGCCAAACCUCAAGUGCUGGUCGCAAUACAGCGCAAACCUCGCCGCGUCGCAAGGUCGAGCCGCAGCGUUCACGCAAACUGCCGCCAAGCGAUGCGCAGGGCUGCUUCAUACCCUACGAGGAGAACGCGCUGCCACCCAUUUGCAUCAGCAGCAACGGCAGCAGCAGCAACUGUGAUGUGGAAUACAAAGAGGUGCGCAACGAUGCGGAUCUCCUGGAGCGUCUGCAGCGUGAGACGCUCAAGUUCAUUGUGAAGAACAAUUUCUAUGUGCUGGUCAAGGUGGUCAACAUGAGCUGCUGCAUGAAUCGCUGGGUGCUAAACUUUACCACGUCCGGUCUGCAUCAUGUGGGCAACGAUGAGUUGAUCAUAUUGCUGGAAAUUAAGCCACCGCCAGCGGCUGCGAAUAGCGGUCCGACGGUGCCGCGUGAUAUAUUCCAGCAUCUAUACGAGAUCUAUGUGGAGGCAGAGCAUGCCCGCUCCAGCACACAUGAGCUGGCCUUCACCAGUCCGCGUAGUGCCAACUUUUUGGGCUCUCGAGAACAUGGCGGCUUCAUCUAUAUCCGGCCGACGUAUCAGUGUUUGCAGGGCGUCAUUGUGCCGGAGAGUCCGUAUCUGGUGGCCGUGCUCAUCCAUCGGCACGAGGUGCCGUGGGCCAAGGUUUUGCCAUUACGUCUUAUCUUGCGCCUGGGCGCCCAAUAUCGUUACUAUCCAUGUCCGCUGAUCUCGGUGCGGAAUCGUGAGUCGGUCUAUGGCGAGAUAGCACAGACGAUUAUCAAUUUUCUGGUGGACUUCCGCAACUAUUCGUACUCACUGCCCGCCAUACGCGGCCUCUACAUCCACAUGGAGGAUCGGCAGACGACAGUGAUUAUACCGCGGUAUAGGCAGAACGAUGUCAUCAAGGCGAUCAACAAUGCCACCGACCAUAUACUCGCAUUCGCCGGCAACUUCUCUAAAGUGGCUGAUGGACAUUUGGUCUGCAUGCAGAACAUAAACGAUGAUCGCUCCGAGAUGUAUGCCUACUCCACGCAGGCAAUCAAUAUACAAGGCCAGCCGAGAAAAGUGACGGGCGCCAGUUUCUUUGUCCUGAACGAGGCACUCAAAAGCAGCAGCGGUCUCUCCGGCAAGUGCAGCAUUGUCGAGGAUGGGCUGAUGGUCCAAAUAAUGCCCGCCAAAAUGGAGGAAGUUCGUCAGGCGCUGCGCAAUCAAACAGACAUUGACAUCGUGUGCGGUCCCGUUGCGGCCACCGAUGAGCAGAGUGAAAUAGUCAGCAUCAAGUGGGUCGACAAUGAUCGCGAAAUCAAUGUGGGCGUUAAGUCCCCCAUAGAUGAGAAGCCCAUGGAUGGUGUGGCCAAUAUGCGUGUGCACGCGAGCUUCAACUAUUCCAAUACCAAUUACGCAAUACGCUUGAGCGAUAUAUUUAUAGUCAAAUGUGAGGAUUGGUAUGCCACAAAUGGCGGCAACUAUGCAGACAUCACACGCAUUGCCGAGCAGCUGGCCAGAAGUGCUUCGAUGGCGCUGCUGCCAUUCCUCGAUCUACUUGCCGCGGCGGGCAUUAAUAAGCUGGCACUGCGGGCCACACUAGAUCAGGAGAACGUCUGCUAUGAGGCGGGUGCACGUGGCUCUAAGCUGCCGCCGCUCUAUAUGAAUGCGCUGGAUAAUCAUCUGAUAGCCACGCUGCAUGGCGAGUCGUCUGGCAUACAGGAUCCCAUUAUAUUGGAGCUAGUUUUCUACAUACUAAACGCCUGAAACCUAAGAACUCCCCCUCGUUCGAUUCUUAGUGCAAUUGCUGAUCCCUACACCUGAAAUCCAUCGAACACGAUAUAAUACAAGCUGAAUAUACUUUCGUAAAUUUCUAACCAUGCCUAGCUACGUAAGCCUAUAAAGUGAUCACAUGUGUUGACCCAUCCAGUUAAUCGUUAACGUAUUCUCCCUCGGCUGCAAAGCGAUGGCGCAGUUACUGUAUAUAAUUAGUACAUGAUAUAUACGUAUAUAUAUAUAUA